UAGAAUACACAGAUUACAUUUUUUAAUGUUUUUCAUAUGUGUUAUGAUAUUUACAUAUGAUUAAAAUAAUAAAAUCUUUUAAAAUAUUGUAUCGUCAGUGGAUAUGGUUUCGUACAAGUUAUAUCUAAGAAAUAUAUUAUAUACUCAACAUAACCUUACCGCCAACGUGAAAUGCGCCAGAUCUAUUCAGAGAUUCAUGUAUUAUUAGUAUAAAAAAAUAUAUUUAUAAAAAAGCCGAAGAUGUCAAAUAAAUCUGAAAAUACAGUUACUCAUAAAACACACAGAGAACGUAAUGCCGGCCGUAAGGCUGAAAAAAAGAAAGUGAAAAAGAAUGAUGGUCAAGAAUUAACGGAUAAACAGAAAAAUCCGAAAGCAUUUACAUUUAAUUCUGCGAUUAAGGCAGAAAGACGAUUUAGACGAAAACAGGAUAUAGAAACAAAGAAGCAACAUAUACCACUGGUUGAUAGAUCACCUCUUGAACCACCACCCAUUUUAGUUGCUGUUGUUGGUCCUCCAAAAGUUGGCAAAUCUUUAGUAAUUCAAUGUCUCAUUAAGAGUUAUGUGAAACAACCAUUAACCAAUAUACUUGGUCCAGUUACUGUUGUUUCUGGUAAAAAAAGAAGGAUUACUUUCAUGGAAUGCAACAAUGAUAUAAACAGCAUGAUAGAUAUCGCAAAAGUGGCUGAUUUAGUUUUGCUUUUAGUGGAUGCAUCCUUUGGCUUUGAGAUGGAAAUAUUUGAAUUUUUAAAUAUUUGUCAAGUUCAUGGUAUGCCUAGAAUCAUGGGUGUUUUAACCCACUUAGAUUUAAUUAAAAAUGCAAAACAGUUGAAGAGGACUAAGAAAACAUUGAAACAAAGGUUUUGGACAGAAGUUUAUGCUGGAGCCAAAUUAUUUUAUUUGUCUGGACUAGUUCAUGGAGAAUAUUUGCGUACAGAAGUUAAAAAUCUAGCUAGGUUUAUAUCUGUCAUGAAGUUUAGACCUCUUACAUGGCGUACCACGCAUUCUUAUAUUCUUGCUGAUCGAGUGGAAGAUUUAACAUCUCCAGAAUUAAUUAGACAAAAUCCAAAAAUCGAUAGAACAAUAAGUUUAUAUGGGUAUGUCAGAGGAAUUCCUUUAAGCAAAGAGACCUCUGUACAUAUUCCUGGUUGUGGAGAUCUUAAAAUCAAAGAUAUUAUCUUUUUACCAGAUCCAUGUCCUCUACCAGAACAGUUAAAAAAACGUGCAUUAGUGGAGAAAGAAAGACUAAUUUAUGCCCCUUUCUCUGGUGUUGGUGGUAUAGUAUAUGAUAAAGAUGCUGUCUAUGUUGAAUUAGGUGGUAGUCACUCACAUCAAGAAGAAGAGACAGGUUUGAUUGGAGCUCUAAUGGACACUCAAGAAACAUUAGAUCAAAAGUUACAACAUAGUGAGUUGCAGUUGUUUAGUAAUGCAGCUCCGAUAAAAUCGCAUGAUGUAAGUGAAAAUUUUGGGGGUUACAUGGAAGAGACUGUGAUGGAUAAUGGUAGGAUUAGAAGAAAGGUUUUGUUCCCUGAUUUUGAAUCAUUAGCGAAAUUUUCUGAUGCGUCAGACGAAAGUGAUCAUGAAAACAGCGAUGAAAGUGACCGUGAAGAUAAUGAAGAAACAAAAUUGAACGAACAAAAUGAGAAUAAGGGCAUCAAGAGAAAGAACGAAGUUCACCAACUAGAAAAUGUCCAAAUUAAAAAAAGAAGAAGUUCGUUAUUUGAUUUAGAUUCAGAUUUGAAAGAGGAAAACGAUAGCAACAUGGAUACUACCGAACACAAAUCACCACGUUUUAUAGAAAGUAUCGUUUCAAAAGUAACACAUGACCUAGACGUUUAUCAUGCUCUGACCAAGGAGUCAGAUAUUUUAAUAAAAAAUAAAAUCACAGAAGCGCUUAAUCAAUUAAAUUCAAGUUCAAAUAAAAGGAACAAAGAACGAAAUAGCGACAGCGAAAGUUUUGAUGAAUUUAGCGAUGAAGAUUCCCGAACUGGGCUAGAAAUGGAUAAUAGAGAAAAAGAAACUAACUUUCGAAAUGAAACUUCCGACGAAGAAGAAGAGGAGGAGAAGGAGGAGGAAAAGAAAAGGGAAAAUGAUGAAGCUGAUAAUGUGGAAGAAGAUCGUAAGGUUACAGAAGAAAAAGAAGUUGAAGAUGAAUUAAAAUGGAAGUCAAAUUUAGUUGAAAAAGCUAGAACGGCGUUUGAAAAUCGUCAACGAAAUAAUAAAAAUCUAAUGAAAAUCAUUUACGGAGUAUUCGAUAAAACUCACAAGCAAGAAGAGGAAAACAAGAAAGCAGAAGAACAUGAAGAAGAAGAUAACAAUGUAGGUGGUAUCUUCCGUAUUGUUCAAGAGCAACAGAAACAAAAGAUACAAGAACGAGAACUGCAAAAUCAAGGAGAGUGCAUAUUCUUCUCAGAAACUCCACGGGACUGGUUGGACGAAAAAAAUAAGGUGCUCGUGAUGAAUCGUUUCGUAACUGGAAAAUGGAAAGAAUCGGAAGAUGCCGAAGAGCUUUUAAAAUUAGACGACAUAAAUGAUGAGGAAUUAUACGGAGACUUCGAAGAUUUAGAAACUGGGGAGAAAUAUGAAACAGAAGCACCAAAAGAAUCAACAUCGAACGAAAUAGAGGAAAGAAAGAAACUAAUGGACAAAAAGAAAAAAUUAAAGGAACAAUUUGAUUUGGAGUAUGAUAACGGCGAAACUAAGACCUAUUACGACGAGUUAAAAUUGGAAGUCGAAAGACAAGCAAAUCUAAAUAAAUCAGAAUUCGAGGGAAUGGAUGAUAAUGUAAGGGUACAAUUGGAAGGUUACCGUCCAGGAAUGUACGUGCGUGUUGAGAUAGAAACUGUGCCAUGUGAACUUAUUAGUCAUUUAGAUCCUACAUAUCCAUUGAUUAUUGGGGGACUUUUACAUGGUGAGGAGAACAUAGGAUACGUGCACACAAGAAUUAAGAAACAUCGAUGGUAUCCAAAGAUUUUGAAGAGCAAAGAUCCAUUGAUACUUUCCGUAGGUUGGCGACGAUUUCAAACGUUAGCAAUAUUCUCGAAAUUAGAAGAUAACUUGAGGAAUAGAAUGUUAAAGUAUACCCCAGAACAUGUUGCCUGUAUGGCGCAUUUUUGGGGUCCUAUUACUCCACAAAGUACGGGAAUUCUGGUGGUGCAAGAUGUUGCAACUAGGCCACCAGGCUUUAGAAUAGCGGCAACAGGUUCCAUUGUAGAAAUAGACAAGAGUACACAGAUCAUGAAAAAAUUAAAGCUUACCGGUGUUCCGAUGAAAAUUUACAAAAAAACAGCUUUCAUCAAAGAUAUGUUUAACUCGGCACUCGAAGUAGCAAAAUUUGAAGGUGCUAGAGUAAAAACCGUAUCCGGUAUACGUGGUCAAAUAAAGAAAGCCGUGUCAAAACCAGAAGGAUGUUUCCGUGCAACAUUCGAAGAUAAAAUACUCCUGAGUGACAUCGUUUUUUGUCGAACAUGGUAUAGGGUUGAUGUUCCAAAAUUUUAUAAUCCCGUUACAUCGCUUCUAUUACCCCCUGAAGAAAAAAAUCGAUGGCAAGGAAUGAAAACAACUGGUCAACUAAAGAGAGAAAACAAUAUACGAAUGCCAGCUAAUAAAGAUUCUAUGUAUACGCCUAUCGAGAGGCAGGUAAAAGUAUUUAAGCCUCUAUUCAUUCCUCGAAGCUUGCAAAAAGAUCUUCCGUAUCGAGAUAAACCAAAAUUAAUGCCAAUUUCUGGUAAGCCGAAUCUCAAAGAUGCCAGAGUAGCUGUAGUACGUGAACCAAAGGAAGCAAAGGUAGCUAGACUUAUGAGAAUGAUCAAAACCAACUAUGCUUAUAAACAAAAGCAACUUAAAGAAGCGACUAAACGAAGAAUAGAGGCGCAUCAAACUCAGAUUGCUGCCGCAGAAGCACGGAAACUUCAAAGACAAAAAGAAUUGAAAAAACAUGUAUUCAGAGAACUCAGUAAGUUAGAAAAGAAGAAGAAACAGUGA